AUGUCGACGACAUGUCUGACUUGCAAAAAGCAACAUCUCAAAUGCGCGUGGAGCACAGAUGACGAUGCGUCUCCGUCUUCUGCUCGGCCCGACGUCUACUUGAAAUCAUGUAUUCGAUGCAGAGCAACUGGCAAGGACUGUAUUCCGGCCCCCGCAAUUCGAUUCAAGCAUGCCACUGAGACGCCGAGCGCUACGGAGCAGACGUGGGUGCCCUAUCCGCGGCGAUUACACUUUGUCGAUGAAACCCAGGAACUUGAGGCUCUUUAUUGGUCUGAACACGGCAGCCCGCCGCCGCAACCACAAGCGCAACUGCAACUCCAUCCACCGGCAGCACUACAGCCGCAGCUUGCACCGGCGGAGGGUCGGCGGGUACCACUGCCAGCGACACAUCCUGAUCCUGGUUCAUCAUUAUCAUCAUCCGCGCUGUUAGUGGAUCUAGAACAACAACGACGCCGAGAACAACGGCAACCCGAUGACGCCGCAUCCGCAUCCCCGGCUCUCAUCAUCGACUCGCAUAGCCGAGAUCAUCGUGAUGCCCGGCUUCUAGUCCCGAGUCCUCACAGCCAACCCGCCUCUACGCCGGCUGCGAGUUGGAGAGAGGUGCAGGUGCAGACACCAACAACUUUGCCAUCUGUUUACAGCGCUAUUCCAUCCGGGUCAACUCUCGGGUUGGCCAACUUUGAGCAUCAUGACGAUGUCGUGUUUCCUUUUACGCAGCCUCAUGAGGUGAGGUUGAUGAAGUACUAUCUAGAGUACAUGUGCACCUGGUUCGAUCUAUGCGACGCAAGACGGCACUUUGCAAUCGUCGUUCCCCGAAGAGCAACAACAUGUCCAACCCUCCUCAACGCAAUCUUCGCCCUCUCCUCCCGCCACCUCAGCCUCCAUGAACAGUAUGACCCCUACGCCUCGGACCGCUACCAUCAAGAAUGCCUCAAACACCUCACUACCAUCUCAAACGACUCGUCGGCCCUUACGAACGAUGACCUCCUCGCGGCGACAAUCCUCCUCCGCACCCUUGAAGAGCUCGAUGUCCCGCUCAUCGGAACAGACCACGAGGGCCAUCUUCUCGGCAUCCAGCUCUUCAUGAACACGCAAAACGCAUCCGCCCUCGACCCGCCGAGCUCCCUCCGACAGGCUUCGUUCUGGGUAGGCCUCCGGCAGGAAAUUACCAUGGCGUUUGCGACGCAGCGGCCGAUCAAGGUCAAGCUCGACCACCUCUUCAUUGACCGGUCCUUUUCGCCGACUGAUGACGAUUGCUGGGCGAAUCGCAUCGUCGUGCACUGCGCCGAGGUGGUGCAGUUCUGUUUUGGCGAGGUGGAGAACCGCAAGAGCGAGUAUCAGCGGCUGGUUGAGUAUGACUAUAACUGGCUACGCGCGAGGCCGCUUUCUUGGCUGCCUAUCGCGUACUCUGAGCCGGACCUUGCUUCAGGCUUGGUGUUUCCGCAAAUCUUUUACAUUAAUCAUGCAGUCGUAAUCGGAAAUGUGCAUGGGGCGUUAGCACGAGCGCUCUUGAUGUGCCACGACGAGAGCAUUCCCAAGAUAGGACCUAGUCGAAUCCGAGCUCGAAAAAAGCUAGAUAACGACAUUCGUAUGCAAGUCCGAGAACUAUGUGGCGCCGCGCUAUCAAACAAGCAGACGAUACCAGCCAUGUUCACGGCCUGUAUGGGUGUCACGGCGUGCGGGGACAGGUUCGUCGAAUAUGCCGAGCAAAAAGCACUAUUGGAUAUUUUAGUCAAGACGGAUGUUGAGCACAUGUGGCCCACUGCUUCGGCACAGUCACACUUGAAGAGGGCGUGGGGGUGGGAGGACGAUUCAUGA